AUGCCGCACAUGGAGGAAGUACCCUAUAACAGUGAAGAAUCCUACAAUCCUUCCUUCAGUUUGUCAGACGAACCUGGUGUCUACACCUACAAAGACCUUCCCUGCUGCCAGGGACCUGUUCCACUCAGAAUGACUGAUGCACCUGCCACAAGCUUCGUUUCCACUGAAAGUGGGUGGAGCCCUGUGAUCUUCAGUAACAAUGUUUUUACCCCAACCAAAUGCUUCUCUAGUUCACCCACCUUUAACAUAGCCACUGUGGAUAUGAGCCCUACAUAUACGGCUCAAGAUGCUGCUCCACCCCAAAGAAACCUCAGCUCACUGACCCCUCCACCUGAUACCACUCUGGACCCUACCAGUCCUAGCCCUGCAACCCAUGACACCCCUUGUACUCCACCUUCCACCUGUCCUGAUUCACAAAUUACACAAACAGUCAUCCAAAAUGAGCCUCCUGACCCUGUCUCAAGCCCCUCCUCUCAAACCAGUCUUCCACGUAGCCAGAGUCGAAUUGCUUUGGCAGAAAUAGACAAACCUUUCCGCAAACCUCAUGUGAAGACUCCCCCAUAUUCACCUUUACUGUUGUCAUCAAUCCCCAAGCAAAUGAGCACACCCCCACCCACCCGAGAGCAUUCACCUUGGAAAACCAAGUUAGUAUAUAUAGAUACUUCUCCUCUUGAUGCACCACCAGUAACACCAGCACAAACAGCUAUGACUCUAAGCACAGAGGCAGACCAACCCUCCACAUCACUGGACCAAACAGACCCAUCAGAAUACCCAGGUGCUGAUGCUGGUAGUCCAUCACAGGACAGAGGGCCCUCGACAAACUUGAAAAACACCCAGGAUGGCCACAGGGUCUGGAACGAGGAUGAUGAUGGUUUUCUGAAAGAUGAAGAUGCAGACAAGAACAGUGAGGGCAGUGACGGGGCGGAUGACAGAAUACGGAGGAGGUAAGAUGAAGAUGGAUGGCAGACACAUCAUGGAACAAGAGAGAAACACUACAGUCUGGUUCUGCUAUAGGUAAUGUUGAGCCAUGGGAGAGGACAGAACACUGUACAUACAUGCGACAUGCAGUACAGGGGCCACAUAAGGAAAGACACAUAUUCCAUGAUCACAUAAUGUAUGUAUGUAAGCUUAA